GGCUUGCGCGCACCGCUAGCGCGUGUUGGAGCGUCGUUGUUUCGCCAGUUGAUCAUUUUUAAAAUUCCUGCUGAGGAUAAGUGUAGUAUGGUGAUUCAGUGAUAACAUUAUCGUUUAUUAGUUCACAUGGUACUGGCCAUACAGUGCCAGACUAGUUAGAAAACACAGUGCCGCCAAAAGAGUCGCUCCGGCUGUUGCCAUACGAAAACACGUUGAAUACGGGAUUAUUAUCGAUUUUGCAACAGCACAGUGACCUUGCAGUUUCACCGUGAUUUUCGUCGACGAUGCAGCCUGACCCCGAAAAGCACGGAGCUUUGCCUGAAAUCGAAAAACUGAAAGUCUAUCCAAUCCGCUGGUUUAUUUUGGCGAUUUUCGUUCUUUAUUCGACCUCAAACGCCUUGCAAUGGAUCCAAUACUCUAUUAUAGCCGACGUGAUUGUAAAUUAUUACGGGGUUUCGACGACGUGGGUUGACUGGACUUCCAUGCUUUACAUGAUUUUGUACAUCCCGUUCAUAUUCCCUGGAAGCUACCUCUUGGACAAACUGGGCUUGAGGGUGGCGAUUAUCAUCGGAAUGGUGGGCACCUGUGCCGGUGCUUGGAUAAAGGUGGCCUCCGUCGCACCUGACCGCUUCUGGGUGGGUUUUCUGGGUCAGGGCAUCGUGGCCUUAUCUCAAGUUUUCGUCCUAUCAGUACCAGCACGACUGGCCGCCGUCUGGUUCGGACCCACGCAAGUCUCGCUAGCUUGCAGCAUCGGAGUUUUCGGCAAUCAGCUAGGCAUUGCGCUGGGCUUUUUGAUCCCCCCGAUGAUUGUCAGUGGCGGGACACAGGAGCAAAUCACCCACGAUCUGUACGUGCUUUUCAUCGCUGUUGGAAUCUAUACUUCGGUUUUACUAAUUCUGAUAUUGAUUUUUUUCAAAAGCGAGCCGCCGACACCGCCGUCUUACGCCCAAGCCCAAGAACUCAAAAACGAGGAAAACGUUAAUUUUGUCCAAUCACUCAGGAGUUUGGUCUCGAAUCGCUCGUACAUGCUUUUGUUGGUUUCGUACGGCAUUAACACUGGGAUUUUUUACGCCAUUUCGACGCUCCUCAACCAAAUAAUCCUGCUGUAUUACCCGAAUAAUGGGGAAGAUGCCGGAAGGAUCGGCUUGGUGAUUGUUGUUGCCGGAAUGGUUGGAUCGGUUGUUUGUGGUUUUGUGUUGGACUGGUCCCACAAAUUCAAGGAAACCACUCUUGCCGUUUACGCUUUGUCUUUAGUGGGAAUGGUUGUGUACACUUUCACCCUCAAUGAAGGAAUCGGCGUUGUUUACUUCACUUCAGCGUUACUCGGUUUUUUUAUGACCGGCUUACUGCCCGUUGGGUUCGAAUUUGGGGCCGAGCUGACGUAUCCAGAGCCGGAAGGCACCUCAGCCGGACUUUUAAAUGCCUCAUGCCAAGUUUUUGGUAUCGCUUUCACGAGCAUUUAUUCAGUCAUUUUCAAUAACUUGAACGAUAUUUGGGCGAAUUCCAUUAUGUCCGUAAUGCUUCUCAUUGGUACAAUAAUGACAGCUUUAAUAAAGUCGGACCUGCGACGACAGGCCGCUCAAAACAAAUAAGUUUUUUAUAACACCAAGAAAAAUAUCUCAUGAUUUUACACAAAAUGUGAUAACAUAGUAAGUUAUACUUCCAUAGGCUUUAGUUUCUAGUGGAAACAAGAGUUUAGUUCGUAGGGAUUUUUAUACAACACACGAGACAAUAAGUAUUUGCUCUAAGAUUUUUUUCCAUUUUACGCAAGUUUUAAACACGUGCUAUCAUUAGAUUUUAUUACACACUCAUUUAGUCUAGUUUUAACGUCCUACGUAUUUUACUAAUGACACGUAUUUUGCAACACAAAUUUUAUCAUGAACGACUGUGAAUACGACAAUAUGUAUUUAUCAAAGAUUUCGCAUGUAUCGUGCAUUUAUUUUAUAAAAAAGCAACUUAUUGCCUAAAUAACUUUACCUUUUUAAAUAUAUUUUUAAAGAAUGAUGAUAUCAAGAAAUAAAAAGGGGUAGAAAUGUUUCCACCAAAUUGGAAAAACACAAAGUUUGAAAUUCAGAAAAAUGAACGUUCUAGUCUUUAGAUGUAAAUGUAUUAGGGGCGCUUAGGAGUUUUCCCAGUGUUGCGUAAAUAGUGGCACAUCUCUAAGAGAUUACCUAAAGUAUUUUUAACUAUAAAAUUGAGUUACGCCACUGUUUUACCGUGUUGCUCAACGAUUUGAAUUCAAAGUGUUAUGAUACUGGUGCUGCAUGGUAAAUUGUAGUGAUACUGAAGUAGCUUUAUAGUUGUUAGGACUAAAAUGUAUUUGUUGUGAACAUCAGAUAAAUAUAAUUGUUUGCUGUUGUAGGAAUAGAUGAUAUUUUUGGAAGCAUAUUGAAUGUAUUGUCGCACUUGUUAACAAUCGCAAUCGUGUAGUGUAUUUCUUGUUGCCUAACAGUCUCAUCAGAUUCUAAAAAUGUUUGGAUUCCGCAAAAGCGCGCAAACAAACGCUUUAAAUGUGAUACUUUUUUGGUUGAGAUUUAUCUCGCAGUUAAUGUUGUUAAAAGCAGAGCCAGUGAAAGUUUUAAAUAAAUGUUAGACGCCAACCUUGUUUAAACUGUACUCAAUUGGAAGAUCUUGACAAUAAAGUACACCUAUAUGGUAAUGUAUACGCUUUUGGAAGCGAA